CCACACUCAGCAUUCAGUCCGUCAGUCUGUCCUUGUGUGAAGCUCAUCUGUGCCGCAAACCAUGAAGAUUCAAUUCGCUCCCCAUAAUGUUCCCUUCGAGAGGAGACUACAGACGGCCGCUGUGCUCCAGUGGGUCUUUUCCUUCCUCGCCCUCGCCCAGACCUGUAUCCUCCUCUUCUUCGUCCUCCUCUUCACUCGCUUUUGGAUCAUCAGUGUUGUUUAUGGAGUCUGGUGGUUCCUGGACUGGGACACCCCAAGCAAGGGAGGCAGGAGGGGUGAAUGGCUGAGAAGACACGUCAUUUGGACGUACAUGAAGGAUUAUUUUCCAAUCACUUUGGUAAAAACAGCAGAUUUAGACCCCCAGCAGAACUAUGUUGUGGGUUCUCAUCCCCACGGGGUGCUGGUGGCUGGAGCUUUCACUAAUUUCUGCACCGAGGCCACUGGAUUUCACAGGCUCUUCCCGGGAAUUACUCCCUAUCUCUUAAUGUUGCCACUUUGGUUUCGGGCUCCAUUUUUUCGGGACUAUAUUAUGAGCGGAGGUCUGAUUCCAUCAGAUAAGGAUAGCGCUAGUUAUCUACUGAAGAACAAGGCAGGAGGUAACGCAGUUGUCAUCGCUGUGGGAGGAGCCCCGGAGUCUCUUGAUGCCCGACCUGGUGCUUUCACCCUUUUGAUUAAAAACAGAAAAGGAUUUGUCCGACUAGCAAUACUACAUGGCGCCUCGUUAGUUCCAGUAUUUUCCUUUGGGGAAAAUGAACUCUUUGACCAGGUGGACAACCCAAGAGGUUCAUGGCUGAGAAAAAUCCAAGAGAAGCUGCAGAAGAUGAUGGGGGUCGCCUUACCCUUGUUUCAUGCCAGAGGUGUCUUUCAAUACAGCUUUGGCCUCAUUCCCUACAGAAAGCCCAUUGCUACUAUAGUUGGGAAGCCAAUCAGAGUGGAGGAGAAUCCCAACCCAUCAAGCGAGGAGGUGGACAAGCUGCACAAGAUCUACAUGGAGGAGCUCUCUAAGCUCUUUGAGGAACACAAAACCAAAUACAAUGUCCCGGCAGACAAGCACCUUACGUUCGUGUGAUGACCGGGCCCCUGUACCACUCUGGAGCCACUGUAUAUAGGCAAUUCAUUUAACAGACAUGAGCUGCACAUCUACGGACCCAAAGGGUUUUUAAUAUGUACAUUAGGGAUGUCCAACCUACAGCCCUCCAUCUGUUGUUGAUCUACAACUCAUAGCAUCAGCUGUUGGAGGGAUGCUGGUAGUUGUAGUUUAACAACAGCUUGAAGGAUUCAAUUGUAUAUUUAUACAUAAUCCUACUCCCUUCUGAUUGGGGCCCCAAACUUCCUGAAAUAUUCAGGGCCCCAGAAACCGUCCCUGACCACACGUCGCAGCAAUUGGUUGUAAUAACGUCCCAUCAGGUUUCAUGCUGGGCAUUAAAUUCAUGUGAUCUUUCAUAUCUGAAAACAUAGUUUGUAUUUUUGGUGCAUAUGUUUUAAAUAAAUGUGCACUUGAAUGUCA